AUGCCUUCAGUAAGAGAAAUAUCUGUUGGCGACGACAUUGAGAGGAUAAGGAUGAUAAGAAACACUAUGUUUGGACACAUAAGCUCGGCUUCUACAUCACAGACAGAUUUUGAUGACACGUGGUCAGUCAUAGCUGAUAUCUGCUUAAGAUUGCAAAGGUACACUAACAAAGACUACAUGUCUGGACUGAGCAAUAUUCAAUGUCAGGCACUAGAAGAAGAAAGUAGGAAAGCCGUCAUAGCAAAACUCGAAAACGAUUAUAAGAAUCAUAGAGAUCUUAUGGAAAAGAUAUCUUGUUUGGAAUUACGUUUGCAAGGGAAAUCAAUGCAAGACAUGAUUCUCGAGGACUGGCAGGAAGAGAACUUUGCUUUUAUUCCUACAAAAGCAAGUAGAACCGUCGAGGAAAAGCUUAAAAGUCAGAACUUAGUCACAGUUGUCGGAAAUUCUGGAUCUGGUAAAUCUGCGAUUAUUCAACAUAUUGCACUCAAGUAUAAAGAUUGGGGAAUUAAUGUAUGUCCAGUUGAUGAAGUUAGCGAAAUUAAAGAGAAAUAUUCGUAUUCGACAAAAAAUGAUACCCUUUUUGUACUCAAUGAUCCUUUAGGUAAAGAAUCUUUCGAUGAUAUCCUGUAUACUUCAUGGAAAAUGCAUCAGAAAACAGUAGAGAUUUGCUUGAAGAAAGUGAAACUACUUGUGUCCUGUAGAAGAUGUGUUCUUAAUGACAAGAGAGUGAAGGGUAUUUUAUUCGAGAAAUCCACCAUUGUAGAAAUUGACAACGAGAAAAAUCGACUGACUGAUGUAGAGAAAAGAGCAAUCCUCAAUCAAUACACACAGAAUCUAGAGCUUUCUGAAGAAAUUGUUUCUGAAAUAAUCAAAACAGAAGCAUAUUUCCCAUUGCUUUGUAAGCUUUAUUCUAGGUCAAAUUACAAGGAAAAUGGGCUUGACUUCUUCAAAUAUCCGUACAAGUUCAUUAGACGAGAAAUUGAAAUUUGGAAGAAUAUGGACAAGAAGAAAUUCUGCGCUCUUAUUUUAGUUGUUGCUUUUAAAAACAAUCUGGAAAUAGAUACAAUCGUAAGAAAUGAAUUUUCUAUGAAGAAAUAUAGAGACGUUUUAGGAAUGUGUGAGUUACAAGAAAACACACAUAUUUCGGUAUUUGACAGUACUUUACAUGAACUAAAAGGAUCCUAUGUCAAACGUGUCGGUUAUGGUUUCCAAUUUCUUCACGACUUUAUUAUGGAGAUAACGACUCUAGUAUUUGGUGUUAAUUGUCCACUGGAGAUAAUACAGUACGCAGACAGUGGUUUUCUGAGACGUCGAGUGAAGAUAGAAGACGAUACAGAAGAGAAAGAUCGCGAUCCCUUCACUGUUUACCUGCGUGAAGGGUACAUUGGUGAUCUUGUAGACAGGUUUAUCAUCGACAUGCAAACAGAAAACUUAGUGGAUGUUGUUAUCAACCCAUGUCUACGGAAUAAAAAUGUGAUAAAAAAAUUUAAAGAAAAGGUCCACCAGGAAUACAAAGAAAAAGCUAUAAAGGGUAUUUGGGGUAUAUUUUCACCGAUCCAUAUUGCUUCUGCCUUCCAAAACUUUUUCAUUAUUCCAUACUUACUAAGACUUGGUGCUGAUGUCAACAUGCUUACCAAUGAUAAUAUGUUGACACCCUUAUUAUUAGCAGCAGGAAAUGAUGAGGAGCAUAGACAGGAGGCAGGAAAGGAGAAAGAUGGGGACGAAACACGUAAUGAAACAGUUCUAUGCUUAAUAAAAAACGGUGCUGAGAUUAAUCUAUGUGCUAACGAUGGAUACAGUCCUCUCCAUAUAGCUUGUCAAAACGGCCAUGCAAGCACGGUACAACUGUUACUGAAUAAUGGCGCCAACGUCAAUCUAUGUGAUAAUGAUAAACACAGUCCUCUUCAUAUUGCUUGUCAAACUGGAAUAGAGAGCAUAGUAAAUUAUUUACUGAAGAGAGAAGCCAAUGUGAAUUUAUCUGACAAAAAUGGAUACAGUCCUCUCCAUAUAGCUUCUCAAAAGGGAUAUGAGAGCACAGUCCAAUUAUUACUCAACAAUGGCGCCCAUGUGAAUUUAAACAUUAAAGGCUAUAACAAUCCCCUAUUUGUCGCUUGUCAAAAUGGGCAUGCCAACAUUGCCCAGUUGUUACUGAACAAUGGAGCAAACGUAAAUUUAUGUUCUCACGGAGGAUACACCCCACUUUACAUAUCUUGUGAAAAGGGACAUGACAACAUUUUACAAGUGUUACUAAACAGCGGUGCCAACGUCAAUUUGCGUGUUUACAAUAAAUUCAGACCUUUAGAUAAAAGAAAUGGAUACAGUCCUCUCCACAUAGCUUCUGAAAAAGGACUUGAAAGUACAGUACAACUGUUAUUGAAUAAGGAAGCAGACGUCAAUUUAUGUGAUAGUAAUGGGAACAGUCCUCUCCAUGUGGCGAGUCAGAAGGGAUAUGCCUACAUAGCCGAAUCUUUACUGAACUAUGGUUCUGAUAUUAAUUUAUGCUAUGAAUUUGGUAACAGUCCUCUGUAUUUAGCUUGCUCAAAUGGACAUGACAAUGUAGUCCACUUAUUGAUAAACAAAGGUGCCAACAUCAAUUCGUGUGCUAACCUCGACCCUUUCAUUCAAAAUAAUGGAUACAGACCUCUCCACAUAGCUACAAAAAGGGACAUAACAGCACAUCCUUUCCACAUAGCUUGUCAAAAGGGGAAUGAUAGCAUAGUACAACUGCUACUGAAAUAUGGCGCUGAUGCCAAUUUAUACAUCAGAGGAAAUAAUUUAAGUCCUCUCUAUAUUGCAUGUGAAAAUGGCCAUGACACCACAGUUCAAUUAUUACUGAACGAAAAAGUCAACAUCAAUUAUUGUGCUUACAAUGGUUAUAGCGCCCUUUACAUAGCUAGUCAAAAAGGGCAUGACAGAACGGUCCAGCUGCUAUUAAACAACGGCGCUGAUGUCAAUUUAUCUGCUAAUAAUGGAUACAACCCUCUGGAUAUAGCUUGUCAAGAAGGAAAAGAAAGUACAGCUCAGUUGUUACUGAAGAGUGGCACCAAGGUCAAAAUGUAUGCAAACAAAGAAAACGGUCUUCCUUAUACCGCUUGUAAAGAAGGGUUAAAUAAUUUGAUAGAUUUGUUAUUGGAGAAUGGAGCUAUUAAUGGAUUAAGUCCACUUUCUAUGGCUUGUUUUGAAGGACAUGAUAGUACGGUACAAAUGUUACUUAACAAUGGGGCCGACAUCAAUUUAUGUAACAAGAAUAAAGUAAGUCCUCUUUAUAUAGCUUGUGAAAAAGGACAUGAUAGCACGGUACAACUGUUACUAAACAAAGGUGCCGACAUCAAUUUAUGUAACAAGAUUGGUGCAAGUCCUCUUUAUAUGGCAUGUCAAAAUGGCCGUGAUAGCACUGCACAACUGUUAUUAAACAAUGGUGCCGAAGUCAAUUUAUGUAACAAAAAUAAAGUAAGUCCUCUUUAUAUUGCUUGUCAAAAAGGACAUGAUAGCACGGUACAACUAUUACUGAACAACAGUGCCGACAUCAAUUUAUGUAACAAGAAUAAAGUAAGUCCUCUUUAUAUAGCUUGUCAAAAAGUACAUGAUAGCACGGUACAACUCUUACUGAACAGCGGUGCCGACAUCAAUUUAUGUAACAAGAAUGGAACCAGUCCUCUUUAUAUAGCUUGUCAAAAUGGACAUGAUAGCACGGUACAACUGUUACUGAACAACGGUGCCGACACCAAUUUAUGUGAACAGCAUGGAUUUAAUCCUCUUUCCAUGGCUUGUUUUAAAGGACAUGAUAGCACGGUACAACUGUUACUGAACAAUGGGGCAGACAUCAAUUUAUGUAACAAGAAUGGUGCAAGUCCUCUUUAUAUAGCUUGUCAAAUUGGACAUGGUAGUACGGUGCAACUGCUACUGAACAACGGUGCCGACAUCAAUUUAUGUAACAAGAAUGGAGCUUGUCCUCUUUAUAUAGCUUGUCAAAAUAGACAUGAUAGCACGGUACAACUGUUACUGAUCAACGGUGCCGACAUCCAUUUAUGUAACAAGAAUAAAGUAAGUCCUCUUUAUAUUGCUUGUCAAAAAGGACAUGAUAGCACUGUACAACUGUUACUUACCAACGGUGCCGACAUUAAUUUAUGUGAAAAGCAUGGAUUUAGUCCUCUUUCAAUGGCUUGUUUUGAAGGACAUGAUAGCACGGUACAAAUGUUACUUAACAACGCUCCAGACAUCAAUUUAUGUAACAAGAAUGGUGCGAGUCCUCUUCACAUAGCUUGUCGAAAUGGACAUGGUAGUACAGUAAAAUUGCUACUGAACAACGGUGCCAACAUCAAUUUAUGUAACAAGAAUGGAGCUUGUCCUCUUUAUAUAGCUUGUCAAAAUAGACAUGAUAGCAUGGUACAACUGUUACUUAACAAUGGUGCCAACAUAAAUUUAUGUAACAGGAAUGAAGAGAGUCCGCUCUAUAUAGCCUGUUAUAAGGGAAAUGAAAGCACGGUACAACUGUUACUGAACAACGGUGCCGACAUCAAUUUAUGUAACAAGAAUGGAGCUUGUCCUCUUUAUAUAGCUUGUCAAAAUGGACAUGAAAAUACAGUACAACUGUUGCUGAACAACGGUGCUGACAUCAAUUUAUGUAACAAGAAUGGAACCAGUCCUCUUCAUGUAGCUUGUCAAAAUAAACACGAUAGCAUGGUACAACUGUUACUAAAUAACGGUGCCGACAUCAAUUUAUGUAAACAGAUUGAUAUCACUCCUCUUUCUAUAGCUUGCCAAAAUGGACAUGAUAGCACGGUACAACUGUUACUGAAUAACGGUGCCAAUAUCAAUUUAUAUAAACAGAAUAGAUACAGUCAACUUAAUAUAGCUUGUCAAAAUGAACAUGAUAGCACCGUACAACUGUUACUGAACAACGGUGCCGACAUCAAUUUAUGUGAUUAUGAUGGAGACAGUCCUCUUUAUAUAGCUUGUCAAAAUGGACAUGAAAACAUAGUACAAAUGCUACUAGAGAACGGUGCUGACAUCAAUUUAUGUGAUAAUGAUGGAGACAGUCCUCUUUAUGUAGCUUGUGAAAAUGGACAUGAUAAAACGGUACAACUAUUACUGAAAAGGGGAGCCAUCAAUUUAUGUAACAAGAUUGGAGCCAGUCCUCUUUCUAUAGCUUGUCACAAUGGACAUGAUAACUUGGUACUACUGUUACUGAACAACGGUGCCGACAUCAAUUUAUGUGAUAAUGAUGGAAACAGUUCUCUUUGGACAGCUUGUGAAAACUCACACUGUAGUACAAUCGAACUUCUACUGAAUUCAGGUGCUGAU